UUCACCUGGCAGCCCGGCUUAGGGAGUCCUCCAUCCCCUGCUACUAUUUCCUCCCCUCACCCACCCUUCCAGCUCCACGAUGGUCCCGGGGCUCCCUGUGGCCCUCUGGAUAGCAGUUUUGACGGUGUUGCUGAGCAGAGGGAUCCAGGGUGGGGCUCCUCCAGAGAACCACCUGCUGCGCGCGCUGCACGAGUGCUACGCGGAGAACAACGGGACGCAGCGCUACAUCAUGAGAUGCAUCUUUGACCGCGAGGAGUUCAUGCGCUUCGACAGCACCGUGGGCGAGUUCCGCGCGCUCACCGCCAUGGGGCGGCCGUGGGCCGAGUCCUGGAACAGCCAGAAGGACUACAUGGAGCGACGGAGGGCCGAGGUGGACACGGUGUGCAGACACAACUACGAGCUGAACCAGGCCUUCACUGUGAAGCGCCAAGUUCAGCCUAAGGUACACGUGUCACCCUCCAAGAAGGUCAGCCUGAAGCAGCACGGCCUGCUGGUCUGCCACACCACAGACUUCUACCCAGGCAGCAUUCGAGUCCGCUGGUUCCGGAAUGGCCAAGAGGAAACUGCCGGAGUCGUGGCCACCAACUUGAUCCGAAACGGGGACUGGACCUUCCAGAUUCUGGUCAUGCUGGAGAUGACCCCUCAGCGGGGAGACGUCUACACCUGCCACGUGGAGCACCCCAGCCUGCAGGGCCCCGUCACCGUAGAGUGGAAGGUCGGGUCUGACUCUGCCCGAAACAAGACGCUGAUGGGAGUGUCUGGCCUGGUGCUGGGACUCCUCUUCCUGGCGGUGGGCAUCACCAUGCAGUUGAAACGCAAGAAGGCUCAGCUGAGAUCUCCAGGAUCUCCGUGAGCAGGUUCCACCUUCCAUGGUGUCCACCAGCUCCCGACAGUCCACGAACUGAGCAGAGGCUGGAGAGACAGCUCAGCAGUCAAGCACUUGAAUUCCAGAGGCCCCCGGUUCAGUCCCCAGCAUCCACACGCAACAGCUUUCAGCUGUCUGUAACUCCAGCCCCAAAAGACAUGUUCUUCUGCCAUCCGUGAAUACACACAUGCACAUAUAAAUACGAACAGAAAUAAACCCACCAAAUAAACCCACUGACAAGCUCCAAGCCAUCUAUCUGUGAGCCUUUGGGAACCCUUCCAGAUCCAAACCCUAACUUCAAACAUGGCCUCAGAAUGACCCAGUAGCUGCCACUGUAAUGAUCUGCCCUGUCCAUUUAAGAGACAAGCCAUGGCCCCCUCCGUGAGGCAAGCUGAUCUUCAGCUUCCAGCCUGAGUCCCUUCCUUUUUUGUCUCCCUCUCAAAGAGGCAGCUUCUGUCUCUCCCUUCUCCCCACUUCU